AUGGAGUUGUGUUCAGAGAGUCUGCGGAAUAUUCUUAAACACAAACCCAAAGAAUUUGGUCGACAAUCAGGAGAAUCAAUGAAUUGUUACGAAUCAUUCACAGAGACCUCAAAUUCGACAAUCAGGAGAAUCAAUGAAUUGUUACGAAUCAUUCACAGAGACCUCAAACCCCACAAUAUAUUGAUUGAUAGGAACGGACGGAACGGAAGAUUUGUUAAGUUAUGUGACUUUGGUUUGGCUACACUUCACGACAAAAGUAAACAUACUUCAGAUGUGGGAACAAUUGGGUUUAUUGCCCCAGAAGUGGUAGAGGGUCUCAAAUAUAACAACAAGUGCGACUUUACAACCGUAUUCGUCAAAUAACCAUGGUUUGAAUGAGCCUGUAUCAAUUUUACAAAAAUUACUACUUUUAAUGCAAACCACACCUCAAUGGCCUAAACGUCCGGAAUGUAGUGAAGUGUUAGCGAAAUAUAACGAGUGGUCUAUCGAUAAGAAUAUUCUCGCAAAUGAUCCCACAUUUGAGUCAAC